CUGAGGGUUAAUUAAUACCGGCAAAUAAAUGGUGCAGUGAGAGCGAGUCAGAUUUUCCAGCUGUAAGAACUGGAGACAGACACACACACACACACAGACACACACACACACACACACACAGCCCAGUCGGAGCGAGCAAGCAACGUCUCACUUCCCUCACUGAAGCUGCGGCAGGAUGGCAUGGUUUCUCCUGCUCCUUCUCACUGUGUGCCACUCUGGAGGCAGCUUUGAUGUGAACAUGGAGGACAGAGACUGGGGCUCCGGCCUUCAUGAGCUGCUGCACAGCUUCCCGGCUCACAGUCCCUUUGUCACGGAGACACCUGGAUAUGUAGCAAACUGCACUCAGCGCUUCUGGCUGCCGCCAUCCUCUCCUGUGUGCUGGGAAGACAUAGCAGGACCAGAGGAGUUUGAGGAGACGCGUCUACUGGUGCUACAGAACCGAGCGGCACUCCACGCUGUGACUGAGGCCAGCGGUCUGGAGGAGGGAGGAGUCUCAUAUGAGCAGCAAGCCAUGAUGGAUGUUCAAGGGGUUCGGGAAGAUCACCUGAGCAUUUCUCAGACUGUAGAAUCCAUGCAGAAGGUCUUCUUUGACUUGGAUGAGAAGAGGAAGGAGGGUGGGGACCAUGAUCCCUUUGCAAGUUUAAAGGAGCGGAUUGCAAACACCAUGAACUCCAUAAAUGGCAGAGAUGAAAUGGCAGCUCUCCUGGAGCAGCGUCUCUCUAAGCUUGAGAGGACAUUGAACACCAUACAACACCGACUAACCCGGCUACUGAACCAGUAAAAAAAAAAAAAAGCCCAUUACAGCAGACAAUUUACAGUACAGUGUAUGCCUGUGAGGAAGCGGGAUUUUACACCUAAAGCAUGUCUCUGUUGUAUUAUACCUCAUUUUCAAUGUUAGGGGCAGGUGAUAUGAUGUAUUGAGGUUAUGACACCUUUCAGAGAUAAGUAUUUUCAUAAUAUUGAACAACUGUAUCAUUAGUUAUCGUUAGGAAAAUCUUAAUGUGUUAUAAAAAAAUUAACACCAGUUUGAUGGAUGUAUUUGCAUCUUUUAUAAGUAAACAUAAAAUCAUUAAAUUGCUUUUGUAUACUUUUAUAAAA